AUGACAACUGCGCCGGACACAAAUGACAACCCAGAUCUUCAUGACGGAGCUUGCUCUACAUGUCGACGCAAGAAACAGAAAUGCUCUCGCGAAGAACCUUGCCGAGCCUGCAUUUCGAGCGGCUCCGAUUGUAUUUAUGAGAACGCUCAGCGUCGCGGCGCCAAGCCUGGAUAUAUAGAUACCCUCAUCAAACGCAUGGACACACUCGAGGCGUUGGUUUUGGGACAAUCAAUGCUGCUUGGGCCUGCCAUUACUCCCACCAAGGAUGCGUCAGAUGAUCCGCCGGACCUGGGUGAGAUGCUGCAAUUGGUUCGACAACGGCUACUUCAGCAAAACAGGAAAAGACGGCGGACUCACAGCGCUUCCAAUUGCUCGUCACCAUCGGCUACAUCUGUUUUGGUCCCACUAAGUCACUCUAAAGGGCGCGGGAAUAACGAUGCCUCCUCGGCGGUGCACUUAUCGGGGGCCUCUCCCAAGGCGUCUGUUCCGCCACUCCACAUGAUGCGAGAACUUGUCAAUAUUUACUUUAACCGCAUACACCCGUGGAUACCCAUUUUACACAGACCGGAUAUUGAGGCAGCGUUGGAAACUCAAAAUGGAAGUCUCCCUGAUAUUGUGCUGCUAGCUAUGACUGCGGUCAGCAUCCGAUUCUACACUUCUGACCGCCAGAUCCAGGACCUAUACAGUCGUCGAUGCCAUGACGCUGUGGUUCUUGCCUGUAUGGAUCGUUUUUCGGUGCAAACGCUGCAGGCAAGUAUAAUCCUCGCGUUCAACACAAUCGGCAGUGGUAAAGGGCCCACGAGUUGGUCUAUAGUUUCGUCUGCAACUCGAAUUGUGGAACAGCUAGGAUUGGCCGUGGAAGACGAAGGAAUGUCGCAAAACAGGCUUCUUAAUCGCAUAGGGUUUUUACCGCCAGCGAGGAAUUGGACGGAAAAAGAAUCUCUCCGGAGAAUAUUUUGGUGCAUCUUCCUCUUGGAUCGGUUUUGCUCUGUCGCUACCGGCUGGAAUACUGGACUAUCUAUUGACCACAUCAAGAGGCGUCUCCCUGUCGAGGGGUGCUUCUGGAGAGACCAAGUGAAUAAAACCGCAAAGUUUUUUGACAUUGACAGCAACAAAAUAGAGCCAGAUGUCGACACAGAUGCCAUGGGGGGGCUGGCAUACCUCAUCGAAGCAUCCGAGUGCCUGAAUCGUGUUGCAACCUUUCUUCUGCAAGAGUCCGUCGAUCUUUCCAACAGUGAAAGUUUGCGGCAAUGGUUUGAGAGAUUCCAAUCGCUGGAUGCUAUGCUUAUACGUUGGAAAACCUUCCUUCCUACACGAUGGCAGGUUGCAGGCAUUGAUGCCACUGGCAAAAUGGAUGAAAAUCUUACGCUCGCUCACAUCACGCACAACACUAGUGUCAUCAUGCUGCACCAGGUCAUGGCGUAUCCGGACGCGGUUCUACGCAGUCGCUUGCCAACCGAGAAUGCUGCCAAAACAUGCAUAUUGGCGGCUGGUGAGAUUGCAACAAUAGCCGCCAAAUUUAUUGCUAACACAGUCGUGGUCAUACCGCCCACGCUGAGUUUUUGCCUGUUUAUUGCCGCAAGGGCUUUGCUCGCUGAUGCCAACCACUCAAACACACCAGUGGAUACUAACUUUGAGAUACUGCUCCAAGCUCUUCAAGAGGGCUCAUCCCGGUGGGUUGGCCCCGACGGCUCCACGGAGAGGGACAACUUGGCGGGCCAAUUUGCCGACAGACUCGACGCUGCUUGGAAGUCUCGGUCACCUGUUAAUAUCCGUACGGUCGCUUUUGAAGACGACCAUAGCACGUUCCCCAUAUCCUUUGCGAGUCCGCCGAUACCGGACAUAUUUCGCGAUGCUUCCGCCAAUCUUUCGUCCACGUUUGGUGCAAUGGUGCCAGAGCCUUACAACGACCCGGAUAUGGACUUUCAAAGCUUCGAUCGUAUCUUUACUUGGACCGACGAAAUGAUUGACAACGGUCUGAAUUUACCAUGA